AUGCACCCGCUCAUCAUGAAGGAAGAGAACCCGCAGACUCCAGGGUCCGCAAGUUCUUUCUCCCCUAUCAAACCCAGUUUUGGAGACCCCAACAGUCACAGUAACACGGAGAGUUGUAUGGAUGACAGCAACUCCGGGAAGGUACUCAGGGGCACUUACAGCCUAGAAGAGGUCCAGCGGAUCAGAGUCACCGAGGUGGACUGGCAGUGGCCACGGAAUGGUGCUGCCCACCACACCCAGGACUACCCCGGCCCCGAGCUGGUGGUUCGCAGGGGCCAGAUGUUCACCUUCAUGCUGGAGCUGAACUGUGCCCUGGACAGCAAGGACACCCUCAUCUUCACGGUGGAGACAGGGCCCCAGGCUUCUGAGGCUCUCGGCACCAAAGCCGUGUUCCGGACAUCGGAGCUGGAGGUGGGAAAUGCCUGGACGGCAGUGAGGGCAGCUCAGAAGGGGAAAACAGUGACCAUCAAGGUCACCAGCCCUCCCGAUGCCGUCAUUGGCCGCUACCGGCUGAGCACCAGGCUUUCGUCUCGCCGCAAACACAGUGACCGGAAGCUGGGCGAGUUUGUUCUCCUUUUCAACCCCUGGUGCCCAGAGGAUGAUGUGUUCCUGGCCUCAGAGGAGGAGAGACAGGAGUACGUGCUCAAUGACAGCGGGAUCAUCUUCCGAGGCGUGGAGAAGUGCAUCCGAGCCCAAGGCUGGAACUUCGGGCAGUUUGAGGAGGACAUCCUGAACAUUUGCCUCUCCAUCCUGGACCGAAGCCCCAGUCACCAAAACGACCCAGCCACCGAUGUGUCCUGCCGCCACGACCCCGUCUACGUCACCAGGAUCAUCAGCGCGAUGGUGAACAGCAACAAUGACCGGGGCGUGGUUCAAGGCCAGUGGCAGGGCAAGUACGGCGGCGGCACCAGCCCACUGCACUGGCGCGGCAGCGUGGCCAUCCUGCACAAGUGGUUCAAGGGCAGGUUCAAGCCCGUCAAAUACGGCCAGUGUUGGGUCUUCGCUGGAGUCAUGUGCACAGUCCUUAGGUGCCUGGGGAUCGCGACACGGGUUGUGUCCAACUUUAACUCGGCCCAUGACACAGACAGGAGCCUGAGUGUGGACAAAUACGUGGACUCCUUCGGGCGGACCCUGGAGGACCUGACGGAAGACAGCAUGUGGAAUUUCCAUGUCUGGAAUGAGAGCUGGUUUGCCCGGCAGGACCUGGGCCCCUCUUACAAUGGCUGGCAGGUUCUGGAUGCCACCCCCCAGGAGGAGAGCGAAGGCGUGUUCCGGUGCGGCCCGGCCUCCGUCACUGCCAUCCGUGAGGGUGACGUGCACCUGGCCCAUGACGGCCCCUUUGUGUUUGCGGAGGUCAACGCAGACUACAUCACCUGGCUCUGGAACGAGGAUGACAGCAGGGAACGUGUGUAUUCAGACACGAAGAAGAUUGGGAGGUGCAUCAGCACCAAGGCUGUGGGCAGCGACUCCCGCGUGGACAUCACGGGCCUCUACAAGUACCCAGAGGAGAAAAAGAUCCCAAUCACAAUAUCUUACUCUCAAUAUAAGGAAGACCUGACAGAGGACAAGAAGAUCCUGUUGGCUGCCAUGUGCCUUGUCACCAAAGGAGAGAAGCUCCUGGUAGAAAAGGACAUUACUCUGGAGGACUUCAUCACCAUCAAGGUGCUGGGCCCGGCCAUGGUGGGGGUAGCAGUUGUAGUGGAAGUGAUGGUGGUCAACCCCCUCUUGGAGAAAGUAAAAGACUGUAUGCUGAUGGUGGAGGGCAGCGGCCUUCUCCAGGGACAGCUCAGCAUUGAUGUACCCAGCCUGGAGCCCCAGGAGAGGGCUUUGGUCCAGUUCAACAUCACCCCCUCCAAGAGUGGCCUAAGGCAGCUGCAGGUGGACUUUGUCAGCCCCCAUUUCUCAGACAUCAAGGGCUUUGUGAUCAUCCACGUGGCCACAGCCAAGUGA